UUAUGCCGGAUCGGAGAUUUUUCUCGCGCGUCUUGCAUUGGGAGGGUGUUCUUGGCACUUUGGCUGGGAGUUGUUACUUGUCUGGUUUUAUGACUUCUAUAGCUUAUACAAGCGUUUAAGGCAUUCUUUGGCAAUAAAACGGUCAUAAAACCCCCUCUUUCUGCAUCAGGAAUUCCCACUGAAUUCAAGCGGGAAGCACAGUGAAGAGGUCGUUGUCCCUGUGUUAUAUUCUGUGUCCCACUUUGAACCGUUUAGUCCGUGUUAGAUAUUUAUCGACAAAGUUUCUUUACGCGAGCACAAGUAUACAUAAAAUAGGCCCGCAACAUCCUAAGACCAUGCGUUUGUGCUCAAUCCGAUCAUAGGCACAUGUGCACCAUCAGAACCACAGAAGCACAGUUAAGGUGUCUGUCUAGCGUUUAUUACUUGAACCAUGAAAAGGAUGUUGCGGAUGUUGUUUAAUGCCAAAUCUAGAUCGUUCGAGCAACGCUAUACUGUUGUCAGUUUGUUAUUAUAUCAAAGAUAAGGCACUUGUAUGGGAAGUCAGUGCUUUUGAUGAAUGUUACGCAUUUUCGUCUUAAGCUGUAGUCUAUUUAAAAUAAUCAGAACCGAACAAAUAUAUUAACGAAACAAUGCAAAACCAAACUUUCAAAAUUAUUAUUCAUUUAAAAUAUAAUUUCCAAUAUCAAUACCAAAUAGUGUCUGUGUAGAUAUUCAUGUGAAUUCUGAAUUCUCUGCGCUGGAAGUCGUGCCGCCUUGGGUGAGUUUUGUAGCCCAUGUUCAAAACAGUUUACGGGAAAAUUGAGGGCUAUAAUAUAUGGCUUAGAAAAUAUUUAUUAUGAAUGGAAGCCAGUGUAUGAAUUGUAGCCCAUUUGCUACGAACAUAUAUUUUUAUUAUUUUACUAAUCUCUUUUUCAGUUACAGGAAUGCCCAGUUCAGUAGGCUGUUGUGAAUGCAGCACAUAAUCGUUAGUAAUAAUUUUUUAAUUCGACAAUUAGUUCAUAUAUAAUCAGGCAUAGACAGGCAAACAACCCUUUAAAAACGAAAUUAAUCAGUUAGCAAGUCGCCCUCAUAUAAACAUUGCACUGGCAGUAUAUAGAAGAAGAUACUUUGUCUGAAUUUUUUCCACAAAAAAAAAAUUCUUAAAAAAAAAAAAAUCUCAUUUAAGUUGGAAAUUAUAAAUGUUCCCCGGAAAAUAAUUUAUUAUAUCGAUCUUGGAGAAACAAUAUUAAAAAGAUUAUUCUAUGACUGAAUAAUUUGAUUACUGUACUCCUAGUGCAGUGGGCUAAUUGUGUUUUCUCUGAACCACGGCACCCACGAAAACAUAACUCUGCAUUAAAAAGAGCUGCCCUUGGAAAAAAAAUAAUGUGCAGAACAGUUACGCUGUAUAAACCAAAGGAUCCUAUCAUUCGUAUUGUCAAACGUCUUUAUGCAUACUGCGUGCAGCUUAAUUGGCGAGUUUUUCAUCGGUAAUUCCUAUAUCGAUCUGAUAAGAGUCUUAAAUUGCAUUAUGGUGAGAAAAUAAAAAUCAGAAGUAUGCCAAAUCAUGGACAAAUGCAAACCCGUCACGCGAUCAGACAACAACUGUACAGACUGUUUUGUAUGUGAGUGUGUGUGUGUGUGUGUGUGUGCGUGCGUGCGUGUUAGUGAGUGAGUUAGAGCGAGGAAGAGCGUGCGCGCGAGCGACAGUGCGUGUGCGUCUGUACGUGUGUGUGCCUGUAUGUGUGCGUCUACUUUCGACAACGAGAUAAAAAAAAAUACCUAUGGUUUUUUUCACUUUCCUUCUACUCCCUGCAUUUUUAUUGGAUGGAAAUGGUCAGGUGACAAUGUCAUUUUGACCGUCUUGGAGUGAAGACUUAGCUAUAACAUUCGAGCUGUGUGUCUUUGCUGCAGCUUGGAAAUAAAUAAUUUUGAAAUCAUAUAACGCGCAUUUAUUGAAAGACGGGGAGAAACACAGCGAUAGAAAGAGAGAGAGAGAGAGGGAAAGAGAGAGCGAGAUAGAGAGAGGGAGAACGAGAGAGAGAGGAAGAGAGAGAGAGUCGGAGAGGGAAAGAAAGAGAGGGAGGGUGGGAGAGAGAGAAAGAGAGGGAGAGAGGGAAGAUAUGAAUUCGUAUUUCGCAAAUCCGACGCUCUCCUGCCACUUAACUGGUGGCCAAGAAGUUUUACCCAACGUGGCCCUGAAUUCUACUACCUAUGACCCCGUUAGACAUUUCUCGUCCUAUGGCGCUGCAGUGGCCCAGAACCGGAUCUAUUCCUCGCCGUUUUAUUCGCCCCAAGACAACGUUGUGUUUGGAUCCAGUCGGGGAGCGUAUGAGUAUGGAUCUAACGUAUUCUAUCAGGACAAGGAUGUGCUACCCAGCUGUAGACAAACAAGCGUGGGACAGAGCGCGCAGAGCUCGCUGGCGCAGGAAUACACCUCGGACCAAUGUAGGACGGGAUCGCAGGAGCAGAAGGGAAGCAUUCAAAUCUAUCCUUGGAUGCAACGAAUGAACUCUCACAGUGGAGUUGGGUAUGGGUCAGAUAGACGGAGAGGCCGCCAGAUUUACUCCCGGUACCAAACGCUGGAACUGGAGAAGGAGUUCCACUUCAAUCGAUACUUGACCAGACGUAGACGUAUCGAAAUCGCCAACGCUCUCUGUCUCACAGAACGCCAGAUCAAAAUAUGGUUCCAGAACCGCCGCAUGAAAUGGAAAAAAGAAAGCAAUCUGACUUCGACUCUGGCGGAAAACGAGUCGACGGGUGUUACACAGGAAGCCGAGAAGGGAGAUGACGAAGAGGAGACAGAGGAGAAGAAGAAAGAGUGAAAAUCCAUUUUCCCUGACACUCGUAAAUCCUAUCCAAUUUAAUCGCAAGUUUAAGGAUAACUUAACUACCUAAUGUAAAUUUUGUUAGGCACAAGUUUCACACGGGUCGUGCGGCCACUCAUUCACGCACGGGCAUACAAAUAAAUACACACAGGCUCCCGCGUGUAAUAAAAAAAACACACGCGCACACACACGCACACAUACACACACACACACUACAAGUGCAGUAAAAGUAUACAUUUCGCUUUAAUUCUGUUAAAAAACAAUGGCCCACGGUGUGGACAGAAUUCCAUUGCUGACUUGUCAUUCCCCUCUAUAUGCGAACUCGUGUACUGUGGUGAAGUAAAUAGUACUAGUUUCCUUUCUGUAUGUAGCAUUUACAAAACACUGUCGCUCAAUUGAGACGUCUGUAAAUUUGUAUAUGGCAAUGUAUUUGGUUUCAGGCAGACUCCUGUGUGCGCAAGACAGCAAAAUAGCUACACACCAAUCGUGUGAAGGAAACAGUGCGUAAUAUCAGCUUCUGAAAUUUGUAUUUUAUGUUUUGUUACCUUAGUGUAUAAAUAUGCUGAAAAGUUUUCACAGGAUGAGCCAUACUACCUGAAUUACCUGUACAUAUCAUAUCUGCCUUAUUCCUGUGAGAGCUUCAGUGUGCAUCCCGAUGCUUUUCUCGUAUAACUUUAUUUAUAUUUAGCACUGUCGAGUAAAAUACGACAAUACUCACUACAAAGUGGAAAUGUGAAUUAAAAUAGUGUUAGAAGAAAAUACGCAAUGAACAAUUUGUAUGUGUUGUGUGUAUGAAUUUCACGUCCAAUUGCCUUUGUUCUGUAUUUAAUAAAAUUGUUAUUAAGCUCCCA